AUGAAGUCCUUCUUCUCUAUUAUUAUUUUCUUCGCCGUGGCCAUUGCCCAAAGAGCUGCAAUCAGACUCCCCACCGAGGAUCAGAGAAUCAAUUCUGGCAAGGAAGUCGUCGUCCAAGUACAGCGUCCUAACUCUCUGAGUCCAUCCAAGGAGAUGGGUGUAGCAAUCGGCCUCUCCUCAUGCAAAUCCUCGCCUUGCAGAGAUGCAGACGAGGUUCUUGGAACAAUGCUAUACAACGGGCCUUUCAACCCCCAGUACCACGAGUCCAGCCUACCCCCGUAUGAGAACUUCACAGUCAUUGUCCCAGCCUCGGCUACCCUUGGUAAAAGCCAGAUUAAUGUCGCUCAUGCAGCUCUGAUUGGUGCCGGUCCUUCCGCAUUCUUGGAGUCGCUCAAUCAGACUGUUUUCGUUGUCUAG